AUGCAGUUGUCGUUCUUAACACUUAUGAGCGAUAACAGUUUAUCGUUGGGAUAUUAUCGUCGGAUUUUUCUUUGGGAUAUUAUCGUGGGAUCGAAAAAAAAAGUGGUAGUGAAUUCGACAAAUUAUAAGGAGUGUGAGGAAGUAGCGAAACUUCUGCCCGAUGAAGUGAGGGAAUUGCGAAAACGGAAACUGAAUGUUCAAGUUCGGGACUUGGCAGACUCCGAUAUUCGGGUAAAAGCUCAAGCUUUUCUUAAUUCUCUAAAGCAAGAGUUGAUGACACGCAUUCCUUUUUCAGAGUUCCCGUUCUAUUCCCAAACCAGUUUGGAAAUUCGAGCAUGCCUUUGGCUCAAACAGCGCCUUGAUGAAGCUCAUAGAGGCACAAGGGUUUACGGAGCCAACUCCAAUACAGUGUCAAAUGUGGCCAAUCUUAUUGUCGGGAUAUGA